GGGACAGCGGCAGCCGCUGGUUCCGUAUUUGGGGUUUUCACUGAUAGGCGACAGUUGCGUUUCCAUCCAUGCAGCUCGCUGGACGGUAUGGAGGAGAACGGCCCGCCGCCGUGCUGAUGUUUCCCGGUGAGAGGACCGCUCUGCCGCUCCAGUUCUAGGUGGUUCAUGCACACUGCUACUCCGCUGCCUCCCAGCAACCGUCAUGCCUUAUGGAAUAUUCAUUCACCGCCAGUGACAUUCCAGUGGGAUCCAUGUUUACAGCAACACUUAUUUUUGCCAAUAAUUAGCCUCACAGCAGCUUCUUUUUAAUCAAGCUUGCUCCCUUUGCAAAGCACACCAUCACAACUGCUUUUUUUCUUUCUUUCUCUACAAUCAAACUUCUCUUCCUUUGCAAGAGGCUGACCCUCUAUCAUGAGAUUCCGAAUCUACAAGAGGAAGGUGGUGAUACUGACUCUGGUGGUUGUCAUCUGUGGCCUAGCUUUCUGGAGCAGCGGAAGGCAGAAGAAAAACGACGGUGGCUCGUUCCCCAAGGAAGUGGAGACGGCGAAGAGGAGCGGCAGCAUAAGCAGCAGCAGCAGUAGCAUCAACAAUCAUAUCCAGGUCCAGGCCACACCUGCAGUCAGCCGCGCACCAGUUCCACCGCCGGUCGUACAAGCUAAUGACACACACCAGGAAAAAGCAAAGGACAAAGCCAAAAUACCUAAGCCAGAGGUGGAUAACACCACUUUGGUCUACCGCGGCAUCGUCUUCCAGCUGAAUUUUGACCAGACAGUAAGAAAUGAAGAGAAGUUUAAGACGGCGAGACAGAAGGACGAUCUGGUCGUGGUGGUUCAGGUCCACAACCGACCAGACUACCUAAAGCUGUUAGUGGACAGUUUACGGAAGGCCAGAGGUGUGGAGAGCAUACUGCUGAUAUUCAGCCAUGAUUACUGGUCCCCCGAGAUUAAUAAAGUGGUGGCCUCUAUUGACUUUUGUCAAGUCCUGCAGAUUUUCUUCCCCUUCAGCAUCCAGCUGUACCCCCAGGAGUUUCCCGGAAACGACCCCAGGGACUGCCCCAGAGACAUUCCCAAGAAAGAUGCCUUAAAGCUGGGAUGCCUCAAUGCAGAGUACCCCGAUUCCUUCGGCCACUACCGGGAGGCCAAGUUCUCCCAGACCAAGCACCACUGGUGGUGGAAGCUGCACUUCGUGUGGGACAGAGUCCGAGUUCUCAAAGACCACAAGGGUCUGGUCCUGCUGAUCGAGGAGGACCACUACAUGUCUCCGGACUUCAUCCAUCUCCUGAAGCUGAUGACGGCUCUGAAACGGGAGCAGUGCACCGACUGCGACAUCCUCUCCCUGGGGAGCUACAGCCACAUCGGCUACUCCAGCAAAGCGAACAAGGUAGAGGUGAAAGCCUGGAAGUCCACCGAGCACAACAUGGGGAUGGCUUUGAGCAGGGAUACAUACCAGAAACUCAUCAAAUGCACUGACACGUUCUGCACUUACGACGACUACAACUGGGACUGGUCCUUGCAGCACCUGACCGUGUCCUGCCUGCCCUCCUACUGGAAGGUCAUGGUGAGCGAGGCGCCGCGGGUUUUCCACGCCGGAGACUGCGGCAUGCACCACAAGAAGGCUGCCUGCAUGCCCAUCAGCCAGAAAACCAAGAUAGAAAACAUCCUACAGAGCAGCGGGAACCAGCUGUUCCCCAAAAACCUCCUGAUAGCAAAGAGACUGCCAGCCAACGGGGCCGGAGGCGUCGCCCCGCACGUCAAAAACGGAGGCUGGGGCGAUAUCAGGGACCACGAACUCUGCAAGAGUUAUGUUCGAUUACAGUGACCUUAAUUGCUACUAUUAUAUAUUAUUGUCUCUUUUGCAUCCUCUAUAAAGAAAAAGUAAAUCUUUAUGGACUAUUCUUCAUAUUGCCUGUUUUAUUGGAUUGGUUCAAAUAAAGACGAAUGUUGGA